CGGCGCCGCCGGCCCCCUCCCCCCCGUGAGAGGGGAGGGAGGGCAAAGAUGGCGGCGGUGAGUUAGAAAGCGGCGGACGGCGGGCUAGCGCGGGGACUUCCAGCGGCGGCCGCGGGACAUCGGCAGAGAAAAUGGUGGAGCCAGGACAAGAUCUGUUGCUUGCUGCUUUGAGUGAGAGUGGAAUCAGUCCAAAUGAUCUCUUUGAUAUUGACUCUGCGGAUAUGGGUCUUGCAACCAUAGCACCAACUCCAGCUGUUCAGCAGCAACCUCCAUCAACUACAACCUUUGUGCUGAAUCAAAUAAAUCAGCUUCCAACUUUGGGGACUACAAUAGUAAUGACAAAAACCACACCUGUCACAACUACCAGACAGACUAUCACUGUAGCGAAAAUCAUACAGACCAGCACAACUACUCGACCAUCGGUUGCAGCACCAGCAGUACGCAGUGCCUUGACCCCUACUCCUUCAAAGGACCAGAUCCAGCUGAAAGAUCUGCUCAAAAACAAUAGUCUUAAUGAACUAAUGAAACUGAAGCCACCUCCUAACAUAGCCCAGCCAGUUGCAACAGCAGCAAAAAUAAUUGUAGUGUCUCCAAAGGUGGUAAAUGCCACCAAACCAGCUGAUGUAAGCAAUGGUUCUGUAAAGAAGGAGGCUUCUACAAAAGAAGUAGCAAGAAUAUGGAUAAAUGAUAUGAAAAUGCGAAGCUUUUCACCUACUAUGAAAGUGCCAUCUGUAAAAGAGGAAGAAGAACCUGAGGAGGAAGAUGAAGAAGAAAUGGGUCAUGCAGAAACAUAUGCAGAAUAUAUGCCAAUAAAACUAAAAAUUGGACUGCGUCAUCCUGAUCCAGUAGUAGAAACCAGCUCGUUAUCAAGUGUAACUCCUCCAGAGGUGUGGUAUCAGACCUCAAUAUCUGAAGAAACUAUUGAUAAUGGUUGGUUGUCAGCAUUACAACUUGAAGCAGUUACUUAUGCAGCCCAGCAACAUGAGACAUUCCUGCCCAAUGGAGACAGAGCUGGAUUCUUGAUAGGUGAUGGUGCUGGUGUAGGAAAAGGAAGGACCAUAGCUGGAAUAAUCUACGAAAAUUACUUAUUGGGUAGAAAAAGGGCAGUAUGGUUUAGUGUGUCAAAUGAUCUGAAAUAUGAUGCUGAAAGAGAUUUGAGAGACAUUGGAGCAAAAAAUAUUUUGGUUCAUUCAUUAAACAAGUUUAAGUAUGGAAAAAUUUCUUCCAAACACAAUGGAAGUGUGAAGAAAGGUGUCAUUUUUGCCACCUACUCUUCUCUUAUUGGUGAAAGUCAAUCUGGUGGUAAAUAUAAAACCAGGUUAAAGCAGCUUCUUCACUGGUGCGGUGAAGACUUUGAUGGAGUUAUAAUAUUUGAUGAGUGUCACAAAGCAAAGAAUCUGUGUCCGGUUGGUUCUUCAAAACCAACAAAAACAGGUCUGGCUGUAUUGGAGCUUCAGAAUAAACUUCCCAAGGCUAGAGUUGUUUAUGCUAGUGCUACAGGUGCAUCUGAGCCACGAAAUAUGGCAUAUAUGAACCGCCUUGGAAUAUGGGGUGAAGGAACCCCGUUUAGGGAAUUCAGUGACUUCAUUCAGGCUGUUGAAAGAAGAGGCGUCGGUGCCAUGGAAAUAGUUGCUAUGGACAUGAAACUGAGAGGAAUGUACAUAGCAAGACAGUUGAGUUUUUCAGGUGUGACCUUCAAAAUCGAUGAAGUUUUACUUUCACAGGACUACGUUAAAAUGUAUAAUAAAUCUGUGAAACUGUGGGUAAGCGCCAGAGAGAAAUUUCAACUAGCAGCUGAUCUUAUUGAUGCGGAGCAGCGAAUGAAGAAGUCUAUGUGGGGUCAGUUUUGGUCAGCUCACCAGAGGUUUUUCAAGUAUCUCUGCAUAGCAUCCAAAGUUAAAAGAGUAGUCCAGCUUGCUCGAGAGGAAAUCAAGAAUGGAAAGUGUGUUGUUAUUGGACUGCAGUCCACAGGAGAAGCAAGAACCUUAGAAGCCUUAGAAGAAGGUGGCGGAGAACUAAAUGAUUUUGUUUCCACAGCAAAAGGAGUAUUCCAGUCUCUUAUUGAGAAGCACUUUCCAGCUCCUGACAGGAAAAAACUUUUUAGCUUGUUGGGGAUUGAUUUGACUGCUCAGAGUAACAACAAUUCACCCAGGGACAGUCCUUGUAAGGAGAACAAAAUGAAGAAACGGAAAGGUGAAGAAAUAACCAGAGAAGCCAAGAAAGCUCGUAAAACAGGUGGUCUGGCUGGGAGCAGUUCUGACGAAAGUGAGAGCGAAUCUGAUGCCUUGGACAAUGAAGAGAGUGACAAUGAGAGUUCUAAAUUUUUGAGUUCUGGAGAUGAUGAUGACUUUAACCCAUUUAGAGAUGAAUCCAGUGAAGAUGAUGAAGAUGAUCCCUGGUUAAUUAGAAAAGACCACAAGAAAAAUAAAGAAAAGAAAAAGAAGAAAAGUAUAGACCCUGAUUCUAUUCAAAGUGCCUUAUUAGCUUCUGGUCUUGGAUCAAAGCGUCCUAGCUCUUUUUCUUCCACUGCUAGUACUACUACUUCUACUACUAAUACAUCAGCUAACAGUAAUACCAACAACAGCUUUGUAACCAGCCAAGAUGCUGUUGAAAGAGCCCAACAGAUGAAAAAAGAAUUGCUUGACAAACUGGAAAAACUAGCAGAAGAUCUCCCACCUAAUACAUUGGAUGAACUUAUAGAUGAACUUGGUGGUCCCGAGAAUGUGGCAGAGAUGACAGGCCGCAAAGGGAGAGUUGUAAGCAAUGAUGAUGGCAGCAUAUCUUAUGAGUCAAGAUCUGAGCUUGAUGUGCCUGUUGAAAUUCUAAACAUCACCGAAAAGCAGAGAUUCAUGGAUGGAGAUAAGAACAUUGCCAUCAUCUCUGAAGCUGCCAGCUCAGGUAUCUCUUUACAAGCAGACCGGAGAGCUAAGAAUCAGAGGCGGAGGGUGCACAUGACUUUGGAGUUGCCAUGGAGUGCAGAUAGAGCAAUACAGCAAUUUGGAAGAACCCAUAGGUCAAAUCAAGUUACUGCUCCAGAGUAUGUGUUCCUCAUUUCUGAAUUGGCAGGAGAACAGAGAUUUGCAUCUAUUGUUGCAAAAAGAUUGGAGAGUUUGGGGGCUCUCACUCAUGGAGACAGAAGGGCUACAGAAACUCGAGACCUUAGCAGGUUCAACUUCGACAACAAGUAUGGCAGAAAUGCUUUGGAAAUUGUUAUGAAAUCCAUUGUGAAUUUAGAUUCCCCAAUGGUGUCCCCGCCUGCUGACUAUCCAGGAGACUUCUUUAAGGAUGUCCGGCAAGGAUUAAUAGGUGUGGGCCUGAUAAAUGUAGAAGACAGAUCUGGAAUUCUAACACUUGACAAAGAUUAUAACAAUAUAGGAAAAUUCCUGAAUAGAAUUUUGGGUAUGGAGGUGCAUCAGCAGAAUGCCUUAUUCCAGUAUUUCUCUGAUACGCUAAAUGCAGUUAUACAAAAUGCUAAAAAGAAUGGAAGAUAUGACAUGGGGAUUUUAGAUCUGGGUUCUGGGGAUGAGAAAGUGAGGAAGACGGAUGUUAAGAAAUUUUUAACUCCAGGAUAUUCUACCUCUGGACAUGUCGAAUUAUACACAAUCAGUGUAGAGAGAGGAAUGUCCUGGGAAGAAGGAACUAAGUUUUGGGCAGAGCAGACUGGACCAGAUGAUGGAUUUUAUUUAUCAUUACAGAUAAGAAAUAACAAGAAAACUGCCAUCCUGGUAAAAGAAGUGAAUCCCAAAAAGAAGCUUUUCUUGGUAUACAGACCAAAUACUGGGAAACAACUCAAACUGGAAACUUACGCAGACCUGAAAAAGAAAUAUAAGAAGGUACCUUCUGAAGAUGCUCUGCCACACUGGCUAGAGCAGUACAAUUCUUCUGCGGAUACCUGUACUCAUGCUUAUUGGAGAGGCAACUGUAAGAAAGCAGGCCUGGGAUUAGUUUGUGAAGUUGGCCUCCGGUGUCGAACAUACUAUGUCCUGUGUGGUUCAGUACUAAGUGUCUGGACAAAAGUAGAAGGAGUUUUAGCCUCUGUGAGUGGUACAAAUGUGAAAAUGCAGAUAGUUCGGCUAAGAACAGAAGAUGGACAGAGGAUUGUAGGUUUGAUCAUUCCUGCAAAUUGUGUAUCGCCCCUUGUAAACCUCCUGUCGACGUCAGACCAGUCUCAGCAGCUUGCAGUACAACAGCAGCAGAUAUGGCAGCAGCAUCACCCACAGAGCAUCACCAAUUUCAACAACGCCUAAGAGGACAAGCGCCAGGUGUUGACUUUGGUGUGUGAGCAAAGGCUGUAAAAGCAUAUCACUUGCAUAAAAAUCAGGGACAGAUUCCAAAGAAAUAUAACUUUAUUCAGUUCAGUUGUGUGCUCUCAGAAACACUUUGGGAAUAGAAAUACACAAAGGAUGGUAGAACUGCAAGCCAGCAGUUGCUUAUGGUGGUGCAUCUGUCUUAUGCUCUCUGUAGUGCUUCCUGUCUGCUUUUACUUUUGGCCUUUUAUGCUACAGACCACAAUUUGUUUGAAAAUGCUUGAAAAUCCCCCCAACAGGCUUUAUUUGAUCUUGUCAUACAGUGCUCAGGGUUUAACGCAGUACAUCAAUGCCAUUGCUGUGGGAGAUAUCCUUGAAUGCAUGUAUUGAGUAUAUAUAUAGAAAAUAUAUAUUGAGUUUUUUCUCUUCAACUUGUAAGUUUAUAAAAGCAUGAAACCUAGCGGUUGCACAUCAUGCAUUCAGGUUCUUUCCCAGUUUCUGUUUGACAGUGCAUGUCUUUGGAAACGGGCAUGAACAGGAUAAACACACAAGACAAGAAUUCGGAGAGAAACACAAUCUUAGUUGUACAGCAUUGAUUAUUGCAUUUUUAUAGUGUUUAUACCCAGGUAUUGCAUUUUUUCUGGUUCUCUCCUGGAGGUUAUAUAUUUGAGUCUGCAAUGUUCUUUUUGUGAUAAACAUCUUAAAUUAAAAAGUUAGUUCAUUUUUUAAUGUAUUAAUGGUAUUCCUAAUGUGUGCUGCAAAGAUGGCUAAAAGCCUAUUUUCCUUUAAAGUUAAAUAUUUCCUUAAUCUGAGGUGGUUAUGAAAACUAAGUGCAAAUUCACUUCCAUCUCGCAUACAAUCUUAUAUUUUUUACUUCAUUAAUGUAAUUUAAUUUGUCACUUGUAAGAUGAAACCGUACUUGAGCUGUAAAUUAGACAGUGGGAAACACUUGAGGGUUCCGCUGUAUGUGCUGUUUCUGUUACCCGGUAACUUGAAUACUGUUUCAUAUGUUGUAAGACAUUGUAGAGUUUAUCUGGAGCUGUUUAAAAGAAAUUGUAAUGUACAAAUGUGAAUAGUUACUUAUCUAUAAUAUGGAUAAGUUUUGUUUUGCCUAUAAUAGUAGAUGUUUAUAAGAAAGUGAAGGACAAUGUUUGUCAUUUCUUGCUUGCACAGGUUGCACUAUUGAAAAUUGAGAUUGUAUAAACCUGUCCAAAAAACCCCUACAAGAUAACCAUCUUGUAGAUGUCAAAUAAAAGUUAUUGUACUAACAA